AGUGAGAAGAAUGGGACAACCUCUUCGCGUAAGUCUUUAAUAUGGACAUUACAAAAUUCUCCAGUUACAAAGAUUUUGUUUGGGCAGUUGAACUAAAUCGCUUUGGUUUAGAACUCAUUGGCUUAUGGCCCAAGACUAAUGAACUCGCUAAAGAGAGAUUUUGGUCUGACUUUCGCGUUGGUUUUAUUUUUAUUAUGGUGACAUUUGUCUCUGGUAUUCCGCUGGUAUGCGCGCUUAUACGUGUCUGGGGCGACAUGAUACUCAUGAUAGAUAAUUUACAAAUUACAUUACCCUUAUUGGUGGUCUCAUUCAAACUUAUUAUCAUGCGAUGGAAGCGUACAGUUCUUUUAUCGAUGGUGAAGAUGAUGGCGGAAGAUUGGAUGACGUCAAAGUUGGAUGCAGAGAGGAAUGUGAUGAUAAAACACGCACGAGUCGCUCGAUUAAUCGUGAUCUGCGGAUACGUUUUAAUGGUGCUGGCGUUCAGCAUAUUAAUCAUUCUUCCUUGUUUCGGCUUACACAUAAGACAUCUAACGAAUUUAACGGAUCGAGGCAAACCAUUACCGCUUCAGACGUAUUAUUUCUACGACACAGAUAAAAGUCCGCAAUUUCAAGUGACAUAUUUCCUUCAAGCAAUAGCGAUCUUCCUAACGGCUGUAACUUAUACGUCAGUAGACGCUUUCCUUGGCGUCACGAUCUUUCAUAUCUGUGGUCAAUUAGAAAACUUCAGACACCGUUUGACCAAUCUGAUCUCAUAUAAAGAUUUCAAUAGCGCUCUGGCUAAGAAUAUAGUGGCUCAUUUACGACUUAUCAGAUUUGCCGAUAGCAUCGAGAAUAUGUUUGCUUUAAUGUUAUUUGGAUUAGUAGUAUAUUUUGGUAUUGUAUUUUGUCUUUACGGAUUUUUAUUACUUACUUCAAUCACCAAUAAAGAGGUGAACGACGCAUCGUUUUCACGAACUUUAUUCGUGUCGGUUGGUGUCACUACUUUGUUAACGCAUACAUUUCUCUAUUGCGGUGCAGGGGAGCUUGUAACGGAGCAAUGCGAAGCAGUUUACCGUGCUAUGUGUGAUCUUGAAUGGUACAAAUUGGAAUCAAAAAGGGCAAGAAAUCUUAUUUUAUUAAUGAUACGAGUCAACGAACCUUUUCGUAUUACUGCGGGGAAAGUUGUUCCACUAACAAUGACUACAUUUUGCAGCCUGCUAAAAACAUCCGCUGGUUAUAUAUCAUUUUUACUGGCGAGGCGAGAUUGAAACAUAAGGAACAUAUUUGUAUAUCAUUUACUCGUGAAAAGAAAGCAAAUAUAUUUGUAUAAAUAUAAUACAAUUAAUACAUGGUUACAAAUACAAUGUACUAGUUAUAGAAAAGUAAUAUUCUAUUGUUGUUUUAUGUAUGUAUUAUUCUAUGUGUUAUUUCUAUGUUGUAUAUUGAUAUUUUAGUUAUUUAUUACAUAUAAAUUUUAUGAUUAACU